GUUAAACCCCGUAGUGCAGCUUUUAAUUUCGUGACACCAAAUUUGCUCCUCAUUCAGUGCCAUCUGAACACGGCUACGGUCGCACCAGCCGGCCUUCUCCUAGCUCAUGGAACUCGUCUACGAUCCCUUGGAGAAAUCUCGAUGACUGUGGCUGCUUUCGGAGAAAGUUUCUGCCCUUCCGCCACAAGCACACACACCAGUACACAGCUGGGCCACAUCGUAGCCGCAGCAAUGACAAAUGCAGGCGAGCAUGACGGGGGAAAAUUUCGCCACCGCACCACGAAUGCAAUCAUUACGGGCGAUUUAUGUCACGUGACAGUCAGUGGAGCGCCGCCAGGUGUCUUAUUGCAUAAAAGUUCCCAGCGGAGUGACAACGUGGCUUCAGUCCAUUGCUGCCGGAACGCUGCCACAGUUCAUCGAAGUUUAUUAUUCCUAUUCCCUGCUGUUGCUGCUUUAUCACAAUUGAAAGGCGGACAGUACCGUGCCUGUUACGAAUACCAGUACUUACCAAAGAGGUCCUGCGAGAACAUGAGCAACUUUUCGAAGAAUCCGAUGUAUGAUGCCGGCCUCUAUGCAAGCAAUAACCAGGCACAGCGACAAAUGAAUCUUGAGAUUCUGACGCUCCUCAACAUGACCUUUGCUCCAAGUAACACGGAAUGUGAACAGUUUCUUGAUCUCGGCUGCGGCACGGGUGACUUCACUCGCAGCGGCCUUCUUGCAAGCUGCCCGCCGUGCCGCAGAAUCGUCGCAGCGGACGCGUCCGAUGAGAUGCUGUCCUACGCUCGGGAAAACUCCGCGCACAGCAAUAUCGUGUUCGAGCACCUUAACAUCAACGACGAUGUGGCUGAUUUCGCCGCUAAGUACGGAACUUUCAGUCGCAUCUACUCGUUCUUUUGCCUCAACUGGGUGAAAGACCAGGCGAAAGCGAUGAAGAACUUGGCGAGCCUGCUCGCACCUUCGGGUGAAUGCCUUCUGGUAUUCCCUGCCUGGUCGCGUACGAGGAUGCUUUGGAGGAAACUCGGACGUCUUGAGCGGUGGAGCAAGUAUGCACAGCUCUUUGAAGGUUUUGUGCCAAACAGCCAAGACCUCGAUAGCGAUCAGGCAAGAUUGGCUUAUCUCCGAGAUAUUUUGAAGACUUCGGGCCUGACGGCGCAGACCUGUGAGCUGUUGUAUGGAAAGCCGCGAAAAAAAAGCGUCCAAACCAUCCUGAGAUCGGGUUGGGUGUACAGGUCGCAGCUACCGACACUCGGGAACAAGCAGCAGCACCCUGUCAACAACGUCGUCUGUGUCCUGCCCCUGUUCAGCGAGCGGACAUUUUGACUUUAUUCGCUCAUUUCGUUGUGUACCAACUGUAAACAAACCCCAGGUUGUUGGCGGCGUUGCCAUGGAUGUUUUGCUUCGCCUAUAGCAGUGAACAGCCAGUAGAAGAACACUCCGGAACAACGACGAAAACAGCAGCUAUUACGUGUGGCUACAGUAUGUGUUGUUAUGCCGUUUUCACCUCGUCAUAACAUAACAUAACAUAAGUGAUGUCGUCCGUCACCACGGUGGUGGAUGACACUUUGCGCCAAAUCUACAGAUGACGCUAGACAUUUUUUGGUACAUACCUAUUUAUGUAUUCAUUUAUUAUUCUGUACUUUCUCUUUAUGCAUGCAUUAAUUGAUUUCUUCGGCUAUGUUUACCUAAUCGCAUCUUGUUUCUGUGAUGUAUAUUUUCAUGUACCCAGUUAUCCAGUAUUUUCUGUCGUCGAUUUUUUUUUCUUUUUAAAGAGAGAUAAAAGUUUAAUGAUGGGAAAUGCAGAAAGGUCGGCCUGAUGUACAUUCGUUUAGCCAGAUACUCUGUGUUGGGGGAAGGGGAAGAAAAAAGGUGCAUGAUUGCUGACGAUGAUGAGAAAAGAUGUAAAGCAUAUAGUAAACAGUUUGGACUACUUAAAUCCUACAUUCCUGGCCCAUGCUUUUGAAUAUAUCAAGUAAGGCCUGUGCGGCCUUAAAAUUCGAUUUAACGUCAGGCCAAGGGCCUAAAAUAACGUCUCCAACAGCGGCAGGCUGCCGAGGCACGUAAGGACAUUGUUCAACUUUUGACGCUCUUCCGCGUACCGAGGGCAUUCACACAGUACGUGACCUAUAGUCUCUUUCACAUUGCACAGUUUUGAAUCUUACAGCUAGGGCAAUGGAUCUUAGCCCGCCCGUUUGUUCUAAAAAGAAAAGCUACACAUCAUCAUCAUCCCCUGUUGCUAAGUUCGGAAGGUGGCAGGCCAGCGCAAAAAUCAGACGCCGCUUGCAACUCGCGCAUGCACAGGGGUGACGACUCUGUAUGUAUGAGGCCUCUGUCUUAAACUGUCGUAAGGCAGAGCUGUGCACUCAGCAUCCAGCGCAACGAAACUGGGUAGAGCACCUAGAAAGGCACGUUCGAAGCGUCAAAAUAGUAGAUAAAACAUUAAAUGCGUUAAAAAACCAAACGGCAGGAGGUUCGACGGGAUUGUGGGUCCGGUAAAGCGCGAAGAACGACACGUUCCUUGCAAUCCAACUUUAAGUAUAUAACAAAUGUAACAUCGAAAAACAAUUUCUAAACGCGUCCACCAGCCCAACUGCAUUCCCUAACUCACUGUCUUUUAGUCAAGCCUUGCAUGUCUCAGUAUUGGAUGACGGAGUAACCGGUGCUCAAUUGUGGCUUUGUUUAUUACGCUUUAUCUUUCUGAAUUUCUAAGCAAACAUAUUUUUUCCAAGCGGAUGAAG